GGGUUUGGUUCGGUUGGACUUGUUGGCAGAGUAGCUUCUCGCUGAAGUUGGAUCUGAAUCUGAUCAUCCGAUGAGAUUGAGACCAGAAAACGGCGAACAACGAGGACAAACACAAACCAUUAUUUCUCGAUUCAACCAACCAUCGCCAUUUGAUCUUUUCUUUUUUCGCUAAUCCCCCAAAGGAACUACACUUUCAAAUCCAUUGUCUCCGCGCUGUGGUUCUCCCCCACUUUGGAGAUCACUCUGAUCUACCACUACGCAAUUCAGUCGAGAUCACGAUGGAUUUCGGGCCACUUCUCGGGAAAUUUUGAACUCCUGUGCCGAAUCACAAAAAUGGUGUUUGCUGGAUUUAGGGAUUUCUUUUCUUCCGCAGCCACUCGUUUGUCCGGCCGCCAGUCUUCCGCCGAUGCGUAUAAUUCAUCGUCGCCGCCGCUGAUCGCCUCUCCUCCUCCUCAGGUUGCUGGAUUUUCUUCCAGUCCUGCGCUCAAGAACAAUCUAAGGCUUUCUUCAUCGCUUCAAGAUCUCUCUACUUACCGUAGACUUGAUCUCGAAGAGGGUAAUCGCGGCCUUGGGAAUGCAACUCCUGAUUUCAGGCCGCUCCAGCGAGAGAAUGCCGGCGCUAGUUUUUCAAAGGAGAAGACAUUGCCCGGAGGCUCCUCCUGGUGGCCGAGCCGGAAGUGGGUGCGGACAAUUGUUCUUUUCCUGUGUCUAUUGCUCUUUUGCUUUCUAAUUUAUACGGUUUCUGUGUAUAUUUAUUCAUAUUGGUCUCAAGGAACAUCCAAAUUCUAUGUGGUGCUUGACUGUGGAAGUACUGGAACUCGAGCCUAUGUAUAUCAAGCUAAUGUUAAUUAUAAGACAAAUGGAGCCCUCCCCAUUGCUGUACGUUCAUACACAGGACAGAAGAAGAAAUUGAAGUCUCAGAGUGGACGGGCUUAUGAUCGAAUGGAAACAGAACCUGGGCUUGAUAAGUUGGUUCGAAAUAUAUCCGGGUUGAGGAAAGCUAUAAAACCUCUGCUUCAGUGGGCUGAGAAGCAAAUUCCAAAGCGUGCCCAUGAAAGCACAUCUCUUUUCCUUUAUGCAACUGCUGGAGUUAGAAAACUGCCACCCGCAGAUUCGAAAUGGCUUCUGGACAAUGCUUGGUCUAUAUUGAAGAGUUCGCCCUUCCUUUGCCAGAGAGAGUGGGUUAAAACCAUCACAGGGACAGAGGAGGCUUACUAUGGCUGGAUAGCCCUUAACUAUCAAAAACAGCUGUUGGGGGCUACACCGAGGGAACCGACAUAUGGGGCACUCGACUUGGGGGGCUCUUCUUUGCAAGUUACUUUUGAAAGCAAGGUACAAAAUGAGUCUAGUUUGAACAUUAGAAUUGGCAAUGUUGACUAUCAUCUUAAUGCUUAUUCUCUUACUGGCUAUGGUUUGAAUGAUGCAUUUGGGAAGUCUGUUGUCCACCUAUUGAGAAGGAUCCAAGAACAUAAGAAGUUAGACCUGUCUAAUGGAAAAUUUGUACUUAAACACCCUUGCCUGCAUUCUGGGUACAAUGAGCGAUAUACCUGUAAUCAGUGUGGUAAAUUUUUGGGUAUGGGGGGAAAUUCUGGAAUUUCUCUACGGCUGACUGGCGCUCCGAAUUGGGAUGAAUGCUCUGCACUUGGUAAAGUUGCUGUAAAUUUUUCUGAGUGGUCAAAUACAAGUGUUGGAUUUGAUUGUGAUGUGCAGCCUUGUGCCAUAACUGAUAACUACCCUCCACCGUAUGGAAACUUCUAUGCCAUUUCUGGUUUCUUUGUGGUAUUUCGAUUUUUCAAUCUGACUGCAGAGGCUACACUUGAUGAUGUAUUAGAAAGGGGUCAAAAAUUCUGUGAGAAAUCUUGGAAAGUUGCAGAGGCUAGUGUUCCUCCACAGCCAUUUAUUGAGCAAUACUGCUUUAGGGCACCAUACGUAGUCUCGCUCCUGAGAGAGGGGUUGCAUAUUACUGAUAAACAAAUUAUUAUUGGUUCUGGGAGUACAACUUGGACAUUUGGGGUUUCACUGUUGGAGGCAGGGAAGGCAUUUACAGUUGCAACCAGGCUCGAGCUCCGGGGUUAUGGAAUUCUUAAAAUGAAGCUUGAUCCUCUGAUUCUUAUCGUCAUCUUGUUCACAUCAUUGUUUUUUCUGCUUUUUGCGUUAUCCUGUGUAGGCAGUGCAGUACCUAGAUUUUUCCGGAGGUCAUAUCUCCCUCUUUUCAGGCAUAACAGUGUCGCCACCACAUCUGUUUUAAACAUCUCAUCUCCUUUUCGGUUACAGCGGUGGAGUCCAAUGAGUUCUGGGGAUGGAAGAGUCAAGAUGCCACUGAGCCCAACAGUUAAAGGUUCUCAAGCGAGACCCUUUGGCUUAGGACAGGGCUUUGGCAGCAGCAGUGGCAUCCAACUUAUGGAAUCGUCCUUGCACCGGUCGACCAGCGGGGUUUCACAUAGUUAUUCUUCAAACAGCCUCGGCCAAAUGCAAUUGGACAGUGGCAGCAUCGGUUCCUUCUGGACCCCAAACCGGAGUCAGAUGCGACUUCAAAGUAGACGAUCUCAAUCUCGAGAGGACCUCUCUUCCUCGCUGGUUGAAACACACAUGGUGAAGGUUUAGAAGAAGCAGACUUUAAAGUAUAGAUUAUCACAAUCUCGAUCGUAGCGGAGCCGACCUUUCCUCCUCAGUUGGGUGACGAAACACACAUAUGGUGGGAGGUUUAGAAGAAGCAGAGUUCAGAAAUUUUGGUAGAUUCACUAAUUUGACCCCUCAUUACUUUCUGACUUUUGAAUAGAAAAUAUAUGGAGGCUUGCUUAGAGUUGUUCAUGAAUUCAAUUUAGGAAUUCUUUCUGUAUCUGAAGAAUCCAUUUUACAUGAGAAGUAGAUAUGCAUAUAUAGUUUCUCCCUCUCUCCCUCUGCCUUCCCUAUUAUAC